CAACAAUUAAAGUAUAAAGGAUAAAGGAGGAACCCCAAGAUCAAUUGUUCCUAUAGUAAAUCUGACAACAUGUCUGCCCUUCAGCUGAAAAGUAUAAAUCUUCAGAAAGCAACCAAUGUUGCUAAUCACCACACCAGUGGUUUCGACUCCACAGUCUUUGCAUUGAGAAGAGGACAGCCCAUCACAGUCAAUUUGAAUUUCAACAGGGUUUUCUAUACUGGAGAGAGUGUGGCUAUAGAUGUGGAAACAGGUCCAUCUCCUUCAGUACCCAAGAACACUAAAGCUGUAAUGCCCGUCUCUAAAUAUGCGAACCCACAAACCUGGAGUGCAUCCAGUGGUCAAAGCACUGGGGCAACCAUGCCUGUUAUAAUAAAUAUUCCAGUAAAUGCUAUACCAGGCCGUUACAAGAUGACUGCACACCUUGCCAGGUCUGGCCGUACAACAGCUUCUUACAGACUUCCGGAAUUUUUUGUUCUCUUUAAUCCUUGGAAUCAGGAUGACCAGGUAUACAUGAGUAAUGAAGCAGAAAGGAAUGAGUAUGUUCUCAAUGAAUACGGAGUGAUUUUCAGGGGGAAUGCAAAUAAUAUAUCACGGCUAGCAUGGGACUACGCCCAGUUUGAAGGGGAUAUGUUGGACAUUUGCUUUCUCAUGCUAGACAGCUGUCUAGAGCACAAAACAGACCCCAUCACAGAUAUCUCCAAUAGAUAUGAUCCUAUUUAUGUGGGACGAGUAUUAAGCGCUAUAGUUAACAUUAAUGACGAUAAUGGUGUCUUAUAUGGAAGAUGGGAUAACGACUAUUCAGAUGGUGUAUCUCCAACCUCAUGGAGUGGAAGUGCAAGAAUACUCCGUAGCUGGCGUGACAACGGACCAGUAAAAUAUGGACAAUGUUGGGUAUUUGCAGGAGUGCUCUGUACAGUACUACGAUGCCUGGGGAUACCUGCCCGUGUAAUUUCUAAUUUUGAGUCAGCUCAUGAUGGCAAUAGCAACUUGCUGAUUGAGGAAUAUUUUGAUGAAAAGGGAACCCAACUAGGAUCCCCUGACAGUGUAUGGAACUUUCAUUGUUGGAAUGAAGCUUGGUUUACUCGAGGUGAUCUUGGAGACAAUUAUGGCGGAUGGCAGAUUUUGGAUUCAACCCCACAAGAACCAAGUGGAGGCAUCUAUUGCCUUGGACCUACCUCCCUAAAAGCUGUCAAACAGGGAGAUGUGACUCUUGAUUAUGAUACAACCUUUGUAUUUGGUGAAGUUAAUUCAGACAGAAAGAGAUUUAUCAAGUACAGUGAUGGAAGACCUCUUCAAAAUGUUUACACUGAUACUGCAUCUGUUGGACAAUUCAUCAGCACCAAGGCAGUGGGUUCUAAUAACCGUCAAGAUGUAACAAAUGGUUACAAAGACCCUGAAGGUUCUGGCAAAGAAAGAGAGACUUUUAAUAAAGCACGGACUACAUUGCUAAGCUUGGGAAUUGCUACAAUGGCUGCCAGAUCGGUGCAAGAAGAACCAAAAGGGCCAAAACCUGAAAUUACUGGCAGCUUCAAGCUGAGUGGACAACCACAGAUCGGUGAUGAUGUAGUAGUCAUCUUCAAUAUAAAAAACCCUACCUCUGCCAGGAAAAACAUAAAACUCAAGUUUACUGUUACAGCAAUCGUAUAUAACAGAGCAGUGUCAAAAGAAAUCCUUACUAAUAACCAACCAGUCACCUUGGCUGCUAAUAAAGAGGAAUCUGUAAACCUCACUGUAGAAUACUCUAAGUAUCAGGGUGCUCUCACCCCUGACAAUAUGAUCCAGGUUGUGGCUGUGUGUGAAGAAGAAAAUGGAGCUGCUUUGCUAACUGAUACAGUUAUCACCUUGAAGAACCCUCCCAUGCAGUUAAAGGUUCCUGAUAAAGCAGCUGUAAAUAAAGCAUUGUCUGUUGAAGUGAUUUUCCAAAACACAAUUGGUGACAGGCUUAAAAACUGUCUAAUAACUUUAGAAGGCAGCGGUCUAAUUAAAGACGAAGUUAAAGUUCCAGUGCCAGAUCUGAAACCCAGUGAAAAAUACUCAACUAAAGUUGUCAUCACUCCAUAUAAAUCUGGUGAAAGAAACCUCUCGGCUAACUUGUCCGCUGACAAGCUGUCUGAUGUGAAGGCUAACCUUACUGUUAAAGUGGAUGCUGCUUAGAAAUGACUGGGGCAACUGCAUUGGAGGAAAAGAGAACAGCUCUGUGUUGGAAUUAUGAUUUUGUUAGAAGAACAGAAAACUCUCCGUUCCUAUUUUCCUAAGCUUAAACAUCUUGAAUAAAUAUUAUUAGUACAGGCAA